ACAUUACGGACGUGAAAUUUCGUAGUUCUUGUAAUUAUUUUUAUCUUGUCACGGUUUUUUUGUUCAUAUUUUUAAAAAAUUAACGCUUAAUUAUUAAUUUUUUUUCGGGCAACUAAAAGUGCAAAAGUAAAGUGGUUUCAAAAUAUGUAAAAAAAAUAAUUGAAAAUUAUAAAAAAAAUACGAGAAACGCACAAAAAAACAAGAAAUAUUUCGUCAUUAAAAUACAAAUACAAAGAAAUAAGCCUCUAAACAAAUCGUGCAUGUAUUAGUUAUUAAUUAUUUAAAUUUUUCAAUGAAAUAAAAAGAACUAGAAAAUCUGAAAUCUUAAAAAGUGAAUUGAGUUCAGAUUCGAAUGCUGUGUGUCUUGACAACAACAGCUGUGUACAAAAAUAGCAAAAAAUAAAUAAAUAAAGUACAAGAAAGUACGAAAGUGUUACUAUUUAUCAACAACAAAGUUCAAAAAAUUUACAGAUUCAAUAAAUAUUAAAGAAAUUUUAAAGAAAAAGGGAUAUUUUACACAAAAACCAUCAAAUAUUCAUACAAAAAGCGGAUUCCAGUUUGAUUUACGUCGUAAGGUGUAAAGAUUGGCGAUAAGAUAAGGCACUUUGAUGCACACCAACCACAAAAUACAAUGAAAAGAAGAAGAAUGAACUGAUAAAAGUCCUAAAAUUUUAGCAAAUAGUGAACACAUUUAUCGUUUUUGUAUCGAAAUCAUCCGAAAAUGCUGAUAAGAUUACUGUCAAUCGUCACUCUUCUGAGUGUCUGGCAUGUCGUACUAGUCACGCCCACCAGCGAAGUUCAGUCGAUCGACGAAGACGAACUCACGGGACCAAAUGUUUGCAAAAAACUGGUAGAAUUCACCGUAGAAGUAAUUGUCACAGAACGAAAGCCAUAUCAAGAACGGAAAACAGUUUGGUGCGCCAAUAUUCCUCCGCGAUGCACCAAAUACGAAAUUAAAUUCCGCACCGUGAAUAAAACGCAGCAAAUUAACAAGCAACGGGUUGAAAAAGAUUGUUGUGAAGGUUACGGGAAAAAUUUGGCGGGCGAUCGUUGUCUUCCGGUUUGUACGCAAGGGUGUAAGUAUGGCGAGUGUUUGGCGCCGGAUCAGUGUAAAUGCGAGGCUGGAUAUGGAGGGCCAGCGUGUGAUAUUAAAUGUCCUAAACGUCGUUGGGGCCCAGAAUGCAGCAAAAAAUGUGACUGCAAUGGAAGUCCUUGUGAUCCAUUCGACGGUACGUGUCGUUGUGCCGCCGGUUUUAUGGGCGAAAAAUGCGACGAAAAGUGUCCCGAAGGCAAAUACGGACAAAAUUGCCUCGAACAAUGUCAAUGCAAGAACGGAGGAACUUGCAACUUUGAAACUGGAGAAUGUACGUGCGCCAAAGGAUGGACCGGAUCAUUAUGUGAGGAAACUUGUGAUCCAGGCACGCAUGGCGAAAAUUGUCAAGCCAAAUGUCGUUGUCAGAACGGAGCAAAUUGUCAUCCCGAAACCGGUGAAUGUAUUUGCACGCCAGGAUGGACAGGAACUGUUUGCGCAAAUCGUUGUGUGUCCGGAACAUACGGCGAAAAUUGCUCCAAAUUGUGUGAGUGCUUCAAUAAUGGCAGUUGUCAUCAUAUUACGGGCGAGUGUCUUUGUGCGCCCGGAUAUACGGGCAACAAGUGCCUCGAUUCGUGUCCCCAUAACAUGUUCGGACUGAAUUGCACGGAGACGUGUCGUUGCAAAAAUGGCGCCACGUGCGACAUUACGAACGGAUUUUGUGUCUGCGACAAGGGCUGGGUGGGUCUCGAUUGUUCCGAACGCAUGUGUGCUCCCAACUUGUAUGGCGAAAACUGUAAAAAGACCUGUGAAUGUAACGAGCUCAAUACCGAAAUGUGUCAUCCCUGGACUGGGCAGUGUUCGUGUAAGCCUGGUUGGUCCUCAGACUAUUGUGAUCGUCCGUGUCCCUUUUUGACGUUCGGUAGUCGAUGUGCGUCGCAGUGCGAUUGCAAAAAUAACGCGCAAUGUUCCGCCAUCGAUGGAACGUGUCUUUGCUCUCCAGGCUUCCAAGGAAAAAGUUGCGAGGAGCCUUGUUCGAAUGGAACGUACGGACAAGAUUGCAAGUCUAAAUGUGAUUGUCAAAAUGGCGCCGAAUGCCAUCCGGAAACUGGGCAAUGUAUUUGCAGCAAGGGAUGGCAGGGACUCAAAUGUGAUCGUCCUUGCGAUCAAAAACGCUACGGAAUGAAUUGCAAUGAGACUUGUAGUUGUUUCAAUAAUGGUGCAUGCAAUCCCACAACUGGGCAAUGCACGUGUGGCCCUGGCUGGACUGGCGAAAAGUGUGAGAAGAAAUGUGAUGGACGUACUUUCGGACAAAAUUGUUCGAUGGAAUGCGACUGUGACUUUAAAAAUACGCAUGCAUGUGACGCGAUGACUGGCAAAUGUCAUUGCAAGACAAAUUGGGGAGGCAUCCGUUGCGAGAGUCAAUGUCCUCUGGGACGUUAUGGCGAACAAUGUGAGAAGUUCUGCGUUUGCAAGAACAACUCUUCAUGCGAUCCAGAAACCGGAAAAUGUAUUUGCUCCCGUGGAUGGACUGGCUCAGACUGUUCCGAGCCAUGCCCCGAAGGAUAUUUCGGCAAUAAUUGCAAGGAAAAGUGUCCCGAUUUAAUUUAUGGCAACAAAAUUUGCGAUCACGUAACUGGCGAUCACACAUGUAAACCGGGUUACAUCGGUCUAACGUGCGAACAUGCAUGUCCCGCAGGCACUUAUGGACCAAAUUGCUCGAAUAAGUGUCAAUGUAAGAAUAGUGGCGAGUGUCAUCAUAUCACGGGCAGUUGUAAUUGCGUUCCAGGAUUUACGGGAGCCAAUUGUACAGAGCCUUGUCCCGAUGGAAUGUAUGGACAGAAUUGCGCUUUGGAAUGUAAAUGUCGAAAUGGAGCAAAAUGUCGUAAAAAUGACGGAUUUUGUGCUUGUGCUCCUGGAUAUCUUGGGAAUAAUUGUGAUGAUGUUUGUCCUGAGGGCUUUUACGGGCAUCAUUGUAUGGAAAGCUGUGAGUGUGGGAACAACCAAGUAUGUCAUCCCGUACGUGGAUGUGCUUGCAAGAGCGGUUAUGAGGGACCAAAUUGUGAUAUUUUAGCUGGCGCAAGAGGAUCUGCUCCUCAAGAAUCCAGUGCCACGACAAUCUGGGUUGCCUUCUUCAUUAUUGUCGCCUUCGGUGCCGUUUGCUUCCUCGUUUUCUACUACAGACGACGUGUGGCAAGUGUGAAAGCUGAGCUGAAUCACGUUGUUAGUUACAUGUCAGGCGAACCGCCACCAGGCAAUUUCGACAAUCCCGUAUAUCAAUUCCAAGGCAGCGGAGGAAGUCAGGGACAACCGAUGAUGAAUGGCUCAAAUGGAAUAAUUCACAAUAAUUUGAAUAAUAUUAGGAUUCCGCCAAAGCCCACGAAUCUCGAUCGGUAUCGGUAUGAUGAUGGAUCGUCAGUGGCGAGUAGUAGAGCUGCAACUUAUAACAUGGAUUACAUGCAUGACUUGAGCAUGAAGAAUUUCAAUGCAGACAUGACAAAUCCCAACAUUUAUGAAGCUGUAAAGGAUCACGUGUAUGAUGAGAUCAAGCAAAAGGAGGGAUAUCAAGCAGAAAUGGAAUACGAUCACUUGGAUUACCAUCGACCAACGACGUCAUACAAGCCGCACUAUCAUCGUCUCUCCGACACGAGUCCCACAAAGGAAGCUGGACCUCCUUCAACGCCCGCGCCGCCAAUUCCAACGCAACAUAUCAUGAUGCCCGACGGCAUGACACCCAACAACAUCUCAUCCAUCACCGAUACAACCACCUUAGAUCUCCCAUCAACCUCUUCCUCGUCACCCAGUUCAUCAAAAACCCCGUCAACGGGCACGCCAUCACCGUCGCUCGAACGCAAAAUCGCCGAUGAACUCAAGAAAUGCAAGAUUCUGGAUACGUCGAACAGCUCAACCGAAAGUGAUAAAAAUUUGGUCGAACAGGAAAAGUAGUUUCUUCUCGCAGAUCUGAAAUAUUUAAAUAUUUUUUAAUAAACAGAACUGAAACUUUUGCAUUUGAAGAAGGAUUUCUUUUGUACGUACGUAGGGAGCCAAUUGUAGAUUGUAAAAAAAAUAUUUUUAAGAAUACAAAAGAAUUAAUAAAACUUAUAUCGUUCGGUACUGAUAGAAAUUCAAUUUUAGAUUUAUAAAAAAAUUAAUAAAAAAAAUUUAUGAGACUCAAAUUGUUGGUAUUUACAAAAAAAAAAAUUAAUAGAAUGUUUCCAAAAUAUUUAAGAAAAUUGCCUAGAAAUGAGUUUUCAUUUCGUGUGAUAAAUAUAAAAAAAAAGUUUAUUAUAUACUGUUAGCUCAUGAAAGUUAGAUUUUAAGGAAAAUAGCUAAAUUUUAUGAUUGUCAAC